CUGAAAAUGGCCGAAUGACCUACUUGGGGUAGCUUCCUAGGUCACAGGGACAUUUGGCGGCCUUUCAACAGAGUUUGCUGGACGAACAAGAAUUGUAAUGACAGUUGUAAAAUCAGACAGUUUGACUUCAGAAAAGUUGUCAAAAACGCCUGCUGGUGGCUCCUGGGGUGAAGUCAGUGCCCAGUAUUCGGAAGACUAUCAUGAUGAAGCAUUCGGUUGUUCAGAAUAUCUGUAUAAUACUCAGCUUAUUGAGGUUAGUAUUCUGGUGUACCUGGUCUAUCAAUAAAUAUUCGUAUGGAGUGUGGUUUAUUUGCACAAUCUAGUUGUAUGUGUGCCAAAACCUUAAUACCUUUUAAUCAUUGGCGUUAGUUAACUGGUAUUUAUCCUAGCUGAUAAUUUCAUAGUACCAGACUUAAUUGUCGGUCGUCUACUGUAUUUCUGGCACAGGAAUCUAACAUUGUUUGCGUGUUGGCACAUAUUCCAAAUUUCCAACCAAACCAUAUGCUAUAUUAAUUCCACAAUAAUAGUGGAAUAUCAAAAAGUUGUUUUAUAUAUGAGGGAAAGGGGAUAAACCAAUUUCCUUUUAACUACUACUUGAGAUAUUUCUAAUCUAGUUUAUCUUGUCUUCAGCGCUUUUCCAAACAAGCAACUAAACAUGGAUCUUUUGAAGGUAAUUUAACGUGAACUACAGACCUUCGCAUACAUAUCGUCAUGACCAGACUUACCUGUUCUGACUACUUCAUUGUAUUUGAUUUCUUGAAAUAUUCCUAGAUCGUUGAUGUUAGUUAUAACCUCAAAACAAAUACCAACAGUUUGCCGAAAUCCUUUGUUUCAUGUCGAGAGAUUUUAAAGUAAGACUUGAGAUUUUUAUUAAGUUAAUACAACCCUUAAUUCUAAGUUAGCGUAAUUUCUCUGUCCGAACUUUCCAAUUCGAGUUGCACGUUAGGUCUUUUUAGUGCUUUCUCACGUUCGCUAAAUUUAUUCAUUUGGAAAAUAUAAUGAAAACUAGCAUACGCUAAUAAUAGAAGGUGCAAGCUAUGGCAAAUAGAGCUGAAGAAGUUGCACGUCAUUUAUGGAUGAGUGGAUGGGAAGUGGUGAACUUUCAUAGAUUACCCGCAUGGUUGAAAGAUAACGAUAUGUUGCUACAUGGUCAUCGACCUCAGUUAAAUAAUGUAUGGGCUUGUUUAAAGUCGAUAUUCCGUAUUCAUACUGAAACUGGUAAUAUAUGGACACAUCUUAUAGGUUGUUUCAGCUUUGCCGUCAUAUUAGUCUUUGUACUUUCUCAGUCAAGCAGUUUAUUACAAUGGCAGGAUAAACUUGUUUACUCACUAUUCAUUGUUGGAGCAGUGUGCUGUCUAGGGUUCUCCUGUCUUUUUCAUACAAUAUCUUGUCACUCUGAGCAUGUGGCAAAAAUUAUGAACAAGCUGGAUUAUACUGGAAUAGCUGUCUUAACAAUAGGCUCCUUUAUGCCUUAUUUAUACUACUCAUUUUACUGUAUAUUUUGGGCUAAAGUGUUUUACAUGGCUUUAAUUGGAGUUUUGGGCACUGCUGCGAUUAUUAUUUCAAUGUCAUCGAAAUUCGCUACUCCUCCUUAUCGACCUUUAAGGGCGGGAGUUUUUAUAGCUCUUGGUCUUUCAGGUGUAAUCCCAUCUGUACACUGUAUCAUUUUAAAUGGAUUUUGGCAAUCAGUUCAUCAUCUUUCAUUUGGUUGGCUUGUUUUGAUGGGUGUACUUUAUAUCUCUGGUGCUUCCAUUUAUGCUGCACGUGUACCUGAACGAUGUUUCCGCGGACAUUUUGAUUUGUGGUUCCAAAGUCAUCAAAUUUUUCAUGUAUUCGUCAUUGCUGCAGCGUUUGUUCACUAUCAUGGAGUAGUUCAACUUUCUACCUAUAGAUUAUCAGAAGGUGACUGUCGUCCAUCAGAUGAGAUUCUUACCAAGGAAUUUUUCAGUAUACCCUCGUAUAUAUUGCACAUUAUUAAUAACCCUUGAGUAAAAGAAUACAAGUCAAGGUCGAAGCUUAACAAAAGCUAAUACAUAUCAGUCGAAUGGUAUAAAAAGGCAAUGUCGAGGAAAAUAACUCUUCAAAUACUUAAAUAAUAUACUUGUAAUAUUCCAAUGAGUAGAAAAAUUAGAUUUUCUGACGUUUUGUGACUUCAUGUAAGCCAAUUCUUCGGAAAAUAAAUAGUUUAUAACAAUCUACCCAAUGCUCAAUUUGAUCGAAAUUAUCUUCAAACAUUUGUUAUUUCAUAUUUUUUCUUACUGUUACUAUUAGUUGCUUUGUGUCUGAACAAACUAUUAUAAUGUGCAUACGUAUAUUACAAAUGACUAUUAGUGAAUUAAUAAGGUACUUGAUUAACUAACAAAAAUGUCUAAUUACCAUUAACCUGUUUUAUUUUUUUAUGACAUAUAGAGAUGUAAAAUAAAACAGAACAAUCUCUGCCUGGAUCAGUUAAUUUUCUUCAUCUCUGAUUUUAUAACUUCAGAUUUUGGAAUUGUAAGUUUUGUUUUCGUUUUUUUUUAAAAAACCUAUUUUAACUUAGUUGUUUUUUUGGGGGGAUUUAGUUCUUUAGUGAUAAAUUAAUAUAUCUGUGCUUAUUGUACUCAGGAUACUAUUUUUUUUGUAUAUCAGUACUUUAAUGUAAAUUCAAGAAGAAAAGAUGUGCAUUCAACUACCACAACUAUUUUUACUAACAAUUAAUUCAUAGAACGUUUUCUUGUUCUACAGCAAGGAACUUCGAUAAGCUUUUGUAUGAUUGAUUCUAGUCGUUAAGCAAUUUCCACAAGUCAUGUUAUUUACUGUUUACUAACCAUAAAUACGUAUAAAUUGCUCAGUCUUCUUUCAGUUUACGUCACUCAUAUUGCAUGGAACCUCGUAUUAUUUUGCGCGUUUUAUAAUCUAUUUUUUGUAUUUAUGUGUUCACUUUUUUCUCCUAGUUAAUGCCGCUGGCCAGUUUCUUAUCUGAAAUGUUAUAAAUUAUUGUGGUAUUACGAAACACAAUAAUCUUACAACAUUAUACAUAUGUUAGGACUGGAGAAAACCUCAGAUUAUAUUCAGUGUGAUAUCUGUUCAGUGCAAUAUUUUCUUGUAUCAGUUUGUCCCGACCGGUGCUGCUACCUUGAUGUGGUAGUCAGGCUUGCCUAUCGUGAUGAACCAAUCGACCUAUACUGGCUGGAACAAUUGUUCCUCAAAGUCCUACCAUACCAGACA